CGAGAUAAUAUUUUACCGCCCACUGCAUCUGCACACUAUAUCCGACUGACACUGAUGAGUCUCUGUCAGUGAAUCAACAUGCAUGAAGAUCAGAGGGCAAAAGAGCUCAGGGCCAAGCAGGCCUGGGACGCUGCUCGGGAAUCACCUAUUAUUGAAGAUGAGCAGAAACCUCGGAAGUUACUGAGUUUCAUUAAUAUCAUCAUAUGUACUUUAGUUGGAAUCUUGGUGUUUGGGCUAGGCUUCUUCAGCAAAGCAUCUCUGUUGCUAUUGAUAAACCUUUGCAGCAAAACAUCAACCACCAUAGAAACCAAAACAUAUGCCCAGCUCUUCAUUGGAUGCCUUUUAAUCGCUCCAAGUGUUUUAAUGCUGAUGAAAAGUCUUUGGAAAAUUACUUUUAAAGAUUCAAAAUCCCCAUCCCCCCAAACGUUGAUAUGGAUUGUUUCAGUGGAAACUUUGGUGGCUCUUGGAUCUUCAGUUCUUACCCUGGCUGCUAUGCCCCAGUUUGACAUCUUUACCAACGUGAUGCUUCUGAAUGGCAUUGCCACAUUAUCAGCCCUGAUGCAGGUGGUGGCAAAUGCAGUCGCACAUGGAAGGAGACGACUUAUUGUAACUUCAUUAGCUGCUCUCCUUCUCCUAAUUUCAGGUUUUAGCUUCUUUGCUGUUAAUUACAUCAGACAGCAGAGCGGAAAUCAGAACAUGGUACUGUUUGUGGGUUUAGCCAUAGGAGGCACUAUCCUGGUCUCUUUGAACUGGUGGGAGAACUAUGCCAUGCUGUUUCGCAUCGUCUUCUUCCAGAACACAAUCCGUGACAUUAAAAGGUCCUAUAACCUUGUGAACAUUCUGUCUAGCUCGGUGCGAAUUAUUGUGACUUUCACUGUCCUUGGAGCUUAUGUGAAGCUCUCAGGUCAGGAUUGGUCAUCAGUGCUGUCAAUCAACAACUUUGACAAAACCCUCGUCUUGAGCCUCUUUGCUAUUCAGGUUCUGGCUUCAGCUCUGUGUCGGUACAUGGCUGUGAUUGCAUGCAAAAUGCACGCUGUGCGUCGCAGCUUCCUUGUUCCCAUGAUCUUCACAUCUCCAGCCACAUUGGGGGCCUUUGUGCUGGCUGUUUGGAUUCCCUUUCUGAACGUGAAUCAACAGAACACAAUCACAUUUAAUAACUACUGUAGUGAUUUUGUGAUUGUGGAAGGCCCAGCGCUCGGGAUCAUGAGACUGAUGUUAAGUGACUUAACUCGUGGCAUGUGUCGGCAUAUCCCUGACAAGGAGACUACACUGGGUUAUGGCCUGCUUGGAUCAUCUUUGGUGAGCUGGUGGCUCGGCCUGGUGCUCUGCACACUCUACAUUUGGUUCUUAAACACUGAACGCAUUGCCAGGACAAAGGACCUGUUUGUGCGCAACCUUUAUGAAGCAGCGUUCAUUGACCAGUCUAUGCUCCUGAAUGCCAAGUUCGAGAUUGUGCUUCAGCCAAAACCUAUCAAUGAAAAGGAGAAGGUAACCAUUUUCCUCUGUGCAACCAUGUGGCAUGAGACUGCAGAUGAAAUGUUGAAGAUGAUCAUCUCAAUGUUCAGGCUGGACAAAUUCCGACCAAAGAAAAACAAAUUUAAUGAUGUUGUUUUUGAGUCCCAUAUUUAUUUCGAUGAUGCUUUCCUGACCAAAGAUAACAAACGUUGUGUCAACGAGUAUGCUGAGACACUUGUGGAAGUCAUCGAACAGGUUUAUAUCAUAUUCACAGAGGACAGCAAAAGUGUAUUUAGGCACAGAAGUCUUCUUCCUGAUCAGAAAAUCUUCCAAGCACCAUAUGGCUGCCGUCUGCAGUACACACUUCCCCACGGCAACAAACUGUUUGUACACUUUAAGGAUAAACACCAGAUCCGCCACAAAAAGAGAUGGUCUCAGAUCAUGUACAUGUACUACCUCCUUGGCUGGAGGCUGCACAAGAAAUACUAUGAAAUGCAACUGGAAGGGGAUGAGCAGCUGACAAACAUUGAAGACCAGUUAAAAAAAGCCAAAGAGAACACGUAUGUGCUGGCUCUAGAUGGAGACACGGAUUUCCAGCCUUCAGCUGUCAUGCUUUUAGUGGAUCGACUCAGGUUGUACCCUGAAGUGGGAGCUGCUUGUGGCAGGAUUCAUCCCACUGGCACAGGCCCUAUGGUGUGGUAUCAGAAGUUUGAGUAUGCUGUGGGUCACUGGCUCCAGAAAACAGCUGAGCAUGUGUUCGGAUCUGUGCUGUGCAGCCCGGGCUGUUUCAGUCUGAUGCGUGCCGAGGCACUAAUGAGUGACAAUGUUAUGAAGAGAUAUACAACGAAAGCAACUGAAGCUGGGCACUAUCUACAGUAUGAUCAGGGUGAGGACCGCUGGCUGUGCACACUGCUCCUGCAGCAGGGAUGGCGAGUGGAGUACAACGCUGCAUCUGACUCCUACACCAAUGCUCCACAGGAAUUCAAGGAGUUUUACAACCAACGGCGGCGCUGGGGCCCGUCUACCUUGGCCAACACUCUGGACCUUCUCUCCAGCGGCAGUAUCACUGCGAAACUGAACAAGUCCAUUUCACGACCCUACAUUCUCUACCAGACUAUCACCAUGGCCGCCUCCAUCUUGGGACCAGCUACAGUUUGCCUCAUGAUUGCAGGAAGCUUUAAAUUCGUCUUCAACGUAGAUGCCAAUGCUGCUCUUGUGCUGGCGAUUGUUCCUCCUGUAAUCUACAUGAUUCUCUGCUAUUAUCUCGGGCAGGCAAAAUCAGACUUACAAAUCAGAAUUGCUGCCGUCUUGAGCAUAAUCUAUGCUUUUUUAAUGACUGCAACCAUCUUGUCUAUUAUAGGGGACAUGGUAAUUCAGCAGACUUUUAUGACCCCGAGCGGCUUAUUCUUCAUUAGCAUAAGCAUUAUGUACAUUUCCACGGCUCUUCUUCAUCCUCACGAGUUCCAUCUCAUCGUCUUUGGUGCCCUUUAUGUCAUCUGCAUCCCGAGUGGAUACCUGCUGCUGACGAUUUACUCCAUGGUCAACAUGAACAACGUGUCCUGGGGCACACGUGAAUCUGCCUCCCAGUCCACCGAAACCGAAGAGAAAAGCAAGAAAAAUGUCAAAUGCCUGAAACUGCUGAAACUUUGUGGCUAUAACUUUGAGUUUGAGGUGAACAAAGAAGUGAAGGAGAUCUGUGCUGUGCCGGAGAAUGCACUUCAAGCCACAGAUUUAAAAACUGAAACAAAAGUGAAAGCCGUGGAACCUGUAGAAGAACCCUUCAUCAGGGACUUUUUCAUUCAACAGUUGACAGAAAAGUCUCCUGACCUGAGCCUUAGGGAGCACAGAUUUACUUUGGAAGAAGAAACAUUUUGGAAUGACCUAAUCAAACAAUACCUAAAACCAUUAAGUUCUGAUCAAAAAAAGGAGGAAAGAAUCAAAGUAGAUCUAAAAGACCUGCGCAACAAGGCAACUUUUGUGUUUUUUAUCUGUAAUGCCCUGUGGCUUGUGGCUACUUUCUUUCUGCAAUCCAUGGGCACCACCGUGAGCAUCAGUAUCCCAAAGGUCUAUACCAAUGGAACUGUUGCUACUGAUGCUCGUAUUUUUAUUGAUCCAAUUGGACUGAUGUUCCUCAUCAGUUUCGCCUGCCUCCUUAUUGUUCAGUUUAUAGCUAUGCUGUGGCACAGAAUCCAGACCUUAAUCCACUUCAUUGCUUACAUUGGGACCGAGGCAGUUGUUAACAGGAAAGUGAACAAGGACAACAGCAUGCCUCUGAUCAAUGAAGAAAAUAAUUUUCUUUAGGAGGCAAUAAAAAAUUCUACAAGAAGAUGAUGGACCUUACCAAAGAACCCUUAGACCACGCAGUACCUGCUUAUUGGAAGUGGAAUAAUUAAGGCAUUUUAAGCACUUUUUGUUACUUAUGUUUCAACUGUAAUUAUUAUUAUUAUUAUUAUUAUUAUUAUCAUUAUUAUUAUUAUUAUUAUUGUUGUUGUUGUUGUUUUUGUUUUUGUUGAUGAUGUACCUUUAAUUAAAAUUGUGCUGUUUCCCCUUCAGUGUGCCAUGUACUGUAUAAUCUCAAAGUUAAUGUGUACAAAGGCAAUGAUUAACCUGUCUAAGACUGACUGACAGAUCAUAAACUUCUAGUAUUCAACAAUAAACCACUGU